AUGAAGCGAGACGUUAAGAACCGAGCAAAGAACCAACAUAAAAUUUCUCGGCAAAAAUUUGGCAAAAACGGCCAAGAAAUUCUUCAAAUGUUGGAAAUGGACAAUGCACCUUCGCACACCGCGUUCAUUACGCGCGAGUUUUUGGCCAAAAACAAUAUCACUAUCAUAGACCAUCCUCCCUAUUCACCUGAUUUAGCACCUUGUGACUUCUACUUGUUUCCUGAAGUAAAAAAUAUCAUGCGGGAUGAACAUUUUGUAGCUGUUGAUCCCAUAAAACGAGAAACGACAAAGCUCCUAAAGGAACACAAAGCAAGACAUGUAGCACUGCUUUCAGGAAUGGGAGAAGCGUUGGACCAAGUGUAUUCUGUCAAGAGAAAAGUACCUCGAGCGUAA